CGGUCACACUUGGCAGAGUUCUUGCAAAAAACAAAACAAUCUUAAAACUCAGGCGAAUUUAACCAAAUUAAAGCUACCAAAAUGACGCAGGACAUGCUGCUGGGCAACGAGGAGCCGAGCAAGAGCAAGGAGACGUUCCUGGAGAAGUUCUGUGUCCUGGCCAAGUCGACCACGGGCGCAGCCCUGCUGGAUGUGAUUCGCCAGGCCCUGGAAGCCCCAAAUGUCUUUGUUUUCGGCGAAUUACUGGCGGAACCCUCCGUUUCGCAGCUGAAAGACGGUCCCGAUGCCAAGCAUUUCGAGACUUUGAACCUCUUCGCCUACGGAACCUACAAGGAGUACCGCGCUCAGCCCGAAAAGUUCAUCGAACUGAGUCCCGCCAUGCAGAAGAAGCUGCAGCACCUGACCAUCGUCUCACUGGCCAUCAAGGCCAAGAGCAUUCCCUACGCCCUGCUGCUCAGCGAACUGGAGAUCGACAACGUCCGCCACCUGGAGGACGUCAUCAUCGAGGCCAUCUACGCAGACAUCAUCCACGGAAAGCUGUUCCAGAACACACGCAUUUUGGAGGUGGACUACGCCCAGGGUCGCGACAUUCCGCCCGGAUACACUGGCCAGAUCGUGGAAACCCUUCAGGCCUGGGUCAACUCCUGCGAUAGCGUCUCCAACUGCAUCGAAAUGCAGAUCAAGUACGCCAACGCCGAGAAAUCCAAGAGGCUGAUUAACAAGGAGCGUGUGGAGCAGGAUCUCAUAAACCUGAAGAAGGUGCUGAAGAGCCAGACAUCUGACAGUGAUGAAAGCAUGCAAAUCGACACCCAUGGACCAGGAACAAGCAGCGGCUUGGGUCAAUCGGAGCUGCGCAAGAAGCCUUCGAAGCUGAGGAAUCCUCGCAGUGCGGCAGUUGGCCUGAAGUUCAGCAAGUGA